GACUUUUUCUUUGUUAGUCGUUCAAAUCUCUAGCCACAGAACAGAUGGAUAGCAUUUUGACAUUCGAAAAAGUAAAGUCGAGAAGAAAAUAAAUAAUUUUUGAAAAAAAAUUAAAAAAAUAUAAAUUUUCAAAAGUUUGUAAAAUUUGCAAUAUGGCAUUGAAAUCAAUUCCUUUCAUUGCUCUGCUGUAUUUAAUGCUCUCAACAGUCGGUCCCAGCUAUGGCCAACCGGAAACAACCUUUGACCCCGACACCCUAUGUCCCCUGGUGGCCCAUGGUACCAAGAUUAAAGAUCCACGCUAUUGCAACAUUUAUGUGGAAUGCCUUGAGAAUGACAUUGUUACCAGAUCGUGUGAAGAUUUAUAUUUCGAUAUUCAGCUGGGACAAUGUGUGGAUCCGCUAACGACAACAUGCCUCUCCAGCCAACCAUGCAUUGGGAAGAAUGGGGUCUUCGUUGCCGAUCCCUACAACUGCGAGUCCUAUUAUUACUGUUCCAAUGGCGUGGGUAUCCAGGGCCAGUGUAGUGCUGGCAUGUCCUUUAAUCCGGAAACAGGCUUUUGUGUACGUGAUUUCCCCUGUCACAUAACCAUGUAUCCGGAGGAUUAUUGCAAUCUCUUUGCAGAGGGAGUUUUCGUUAAGGUGCCGGAUUCGUGUCGGCAUUACCAGACCUGUUGGCGUUCGGAGCUGAUAAAUGGCAGCUGUCCGGGUAUUUUGUUUUUCGAUGCCCCUCGCGGCGGCUGUGAUGAUCCGCUGAAGGUGGACUGUGACGAGCCAAUGCCCGAGAUACCCGAACAUGUGGUAUGUCGGGAAAAUAAUGAAUUCAUUUCGGACGGCAUCAGUUGUGAUGGUUAUUUCUUUUGCCAACAGAAUUUGGAUGGAGAAUUUCGAAUGUUCCCCGGCAGCUGCCCCAAGGGGAGAUUCUUUGACAAGGGCGAAUGUGUACCAAGGUCACAUACGAAAUGUGACCAUGAUCGUUGUGUGGGCAUGGGCUAUGAGUACAUGCAAAUGGUGAACAUUGAUGGGGAUGGGUGUCGGGGUUUUGCCGUUUGUCAAAGGGGUAAAGAAAUCGGCCGGUCCCAGUGUCCGGAGGGAUGGUAUUUUGAUGAAUGGGAACAGUUUUGUGUUGACAAGGAAAUUCAAUAUGAAUCUUGUAGAGAUGGGUUGGGAACUACCCCAAGACCCAUGGAGACCAUUACGAACGAGGAUAUGCUGAAUAAUUUGAAAAUACGAAAUUCCAGCUGAAUUUUUGUUUUGAAAAAUUUUUUGAAUUUUUUUUGUCAAAAAGUCAUUUCCAUAACAAAAUAAUCUUAUCAGAUUUUAUGUGGAUAAAAAACGAAUAUCGAAACUUUGGAUUGAAUGUCCAAAUGUUAUCAGAAUUCUAGAGAAGAAAAAAAAAAUAAACAAAAUUAUAAACAAUU